AUGGAGGAUGCUAAUGGGAUUACUGUUGAGAAAGUAGGAAAGAAAAAAAGGGAAAGAGAGGUCCAAAGCAAUAACAAUGAGUCAUAUGUUGUGUCCCAAGAUACUGCAAAUGAUGUAAAUUCAACUGCAUCUGAGAUGCUUGAACACAAAAGGAAACAUGAAAAGAAGGCACGAACAAUCACUGAUGAAUGCACUAAGGGAUCAGUAGAUGUGGCUACAGGUCUUACAUGUGCUGAAGGCAUUGCAAAUUUUAGUGUAAAUGAAACACAGGCUAGUGGAGUGGGAAAUGAUAAUAUUAGCCGGAAACAGGUCAAAGAUAGUUCUAAAGAUCCAAAACAGAAAACCAGCAAGAAGGAAGUAAGAUUUUCCAAUGAAUUGAAGGUAUUUCCCGAGUCUAAUGUUCCCGAGAAUGGGAAAGGUCAAAAUAAAGUAGUGGAGUUGAUUCGAGGUAAGCGGUUCUCUAAAAUAGAAGACGAGAUAGUUAAAGAAACCGUUUUAAAGUACAUUGAGUUACAUAAUUUAGGUGAGGAAGGUUUGGAUAUGGUUUUAAAUUGUAGAUCUCACCCUGAAGUAAAAAACUGCUGGAAGGUAAUAGGAGCUGCCAUACCAUAUAGGCCUUACCUUUCAGUUUAUCAUCGUGCUCAAAUAUUAUUCCUACGAUCUGAACACCAAAAAUGGACUGAAAAAGAAAAAGCUUUGAUACUGGAGCACGUGAAAUUAAAUGGGAAUGAGUUUAAAUCACUUGCUGACAAACUUGGCAGUCAUAUGACUCAUGUGAGGGAAACAUGGCGCAGGAUAUGCUUACCUAACUUGAAGAAAGGGCCCUGGUCUCAGGAUGAGUGCCAAAACUUAUUUGAUUUAGUGAACACUGAUCUGCAAUUGAGGAUAUUUAAAGAGAAGAGAUCCAGGCAUGGCAUGCUACGGGAUAACAUCAGUUUUACAGCAAUUAGUAAUAAGUUGUCCACACGCACUAUUCCACAGUGUUGUCUGAAGUGGUACUAUAACUUGACAUCACCUAUGGUAGCUGAAGGUACAUGGUCUGAUUCUGAUGAUUAUCGCCUAAUUGGUGCACUUUAUACCUUGGAUGCAACCUGCAUAGAAAAUGUGGAGUGGGAUAAUCUGCUGGAACAUAGGGCCGGAGAAUUAUGUCUGAAGCGUUGGAAGCAAAUGGUUAUUCACAUAGGGAACCAUUGGAGCAAACCCUUUUCAGAACAAGUUGAAGUCCUAGCCAAAAGAUACUAUCCCUCCUUAAUUGAAGUAAGGGAGGCCUGGGAUAACAAGCCUGUUGUACCAUGAUGCAAAGUUAUUUCGCAUAAAAAGUGUGGGAAAAAUUAACUUACAACCCACCUUCACCUGCCCCAACACUCUCUUCUGGCCCUCUCUCUGAAAAAGCAAUUUGAAGAGAUAACUAUAGUUUCUUAUUGACUUGGUUUUAUGUAACAUCAAAAUGGCUCGUGUUUAAUUCAUGCAAAUCAGUUGGGAUUGUGAUUAAUGCUCUUCAUGUUUAAUAGUAUUGAUGAGAUUUUAACAUGUAAUAGGUAUAUGCGCUAUAAUAUUAAUCUUUUUAGAGUGUCAUAUUAUAGAUGGUUGUGAUAUUGCAUGUUUAAUGCAAAUU